AUCAAUUCAGUGUUGCUUUGUUUUCCGAAUCAUUAGAGAGCUCUAUCAUCAUGAAUCUUGUUCAAAUAUUAGUUCUCAUUUAUUUAACAAAAACAACAGGUAUAUUAUACAUAUUGCUAGUGACAGCUGACUAGUAAAGGAUAACGGUUACCUUUCGCUUCCGUAGUCGAAGUCCGGAUAAUGAGAUUAGACUCAAGACCCGCCCUUGUACCCCACAAGAAGAGUAGCAGAGGGCCAUUGUGACCACUAAAAAAAAAAGACUUAAAUAUUAACAAAUAUAGCGCACAACACGAAAGUAAAACUAAUAUAUUGAAAAAAUACAAUAAUUAUCAAGAGUCAUACAAUAUAUUAUAUAUACGGCACGAAAAGCUUCUAAUACUAACUAGCAUUCUUUGACCUUUUUUGCCUAUAGUUCAGUCUUGAUUUUUAUUUCCGACGUUUCGUAUAUGAAUUUAAAUAUGGUAUUACAGAUAGUGUCUGGAGAAUGCAAUACUAAUGCGUGCGAAGUAUUGGAAAUGCUAACCAGAGGUUCCAGUAAUGAUCAAAAUCCAUCUUUAGGAUCUUGCACUGCAGAUAUCCACUGGCGACAGUUGGAUCGUAGACUAAGAGCUAUAGAACAACCAGCAUGGACGAUCAGUUUCGGCCAAGCUCGUUGGCGUCAGUGCUCCAAAGGUAUAUGUCAGUGUGAUGCUACUCGCCGAUCAUUGAACUGCUGGAGAGUUGGUCUAUCCAACCUCCCUACUGACUUAAUAGUACCAGCUGAUCUUGUAACCAUAGAUCUGGGCACGAACAAAUUGCGGACUCUGCAUAAGACAACAUUCAAAGGAAUGCGCUUACUUGCCGAGUUGGAUAUGUUUGACAAUCACGUGGAAUAUCUGCCAGCUGGAAUAUUUGAUUCACUUGUAAAUUUAAGAAUAUUACGUCUUCAAAGAAAUUACCUGGAGGAAAUUGAUGGUAUAGCAUUUCGAUAUACAAAGAAACUUUUUCAUGUAGAUCUCUCCAAUAAUUAUUUAUAUACACUGCCGGAACGUUUGUUUGCUAAUUGUUCUGUAUUAGAAACAAUAGAUAUUUCAAACAACCAUUUAAUUUAUAUACCGUCAGAUAGCUUUAUAGGGCUUCACUCUCUAUAUAUAUUAGAUUUAUCUAAGAAUAAAAUUCAACAGAUAGAAAAUGGGACAUUCUUACUUGCCAAGCUCCAGAUACUAAAACUAUCAGACAAUAGGAUAAGUAAUAUAUCAGAAAACGCUUUUAAAGGACUUGUUUCUAUAGAAACUUUGUUACUUGAUAGGAACAAAUUAAGGAAUAUACCAAGUCGCCUUUUUUAUAAUCUCAAUUGUUUAACAUUUCUCGAUUUAUCGAAGAAUCAUUUAAUAAGUGUAACGGGCGUCGAAUUUGAAAAUCUGAAUAUGCUCCGUUAUUUGGAUUUGAGAGAAAAUGAUUUAUCUGAAUUGCCCGAUUAUGUGUUUUCUAACUGCUCGAGAUUAGAAACAAUUGAUUUAACUAAAAAUAAAUUACGAUUUUUAAAUUACACAUCAUUUUAUGGAUUAGAAAAUCUUGCAUCAUUAUAUCUAUCGGAAAAUAAGCUCCAUGGAGUACAUUUUAAGACUUUUUUUACACAAAAAAAUCUCACAACUUUGCACUUGGAUAAUAACAUGUUUCCAUCACUACCUUCCCGUACUCUGGAUUACAUGCCUAAACUAGCAAUUGUAAAACUAUCUGGCAAUCCGUGGCAUUGUGACUGUCACGCUCUAUAUAUUUCAGCCUGGGUACGAUUAAACGAAAUGAAAUUAUGGGACUACUCUCCAACAUGUGUAUCGCCCUGGUACUUAGAGGGCCACUUUUUGAAAAAUCUCAAAUUUCCGGAGCUAUGUACCGGCCAGUGGGCGAGCAUGGUAAAUUUGUCUCCAAGACUCCCCAUACAACAACUAUUAGCGCUUAAUGUUUCUGUCAACAGAAAACCUCAAGAUAGUAUGGAACAGAACCAUGACGUCAUUACUGUAGACACCUGGCAUUAACAGAAUAUGCACAGUAUACAUAGUAGACACUGUCUACACAAUUAUAUUACGAGUAUACUAAAUAAAUAUCCAUGAUGUAAAUGAAACAGUUUAUUUUUAUUUGAUGUUAUUACCCAUUGUAUUAUUAUAUCGAUAGUCUGCACUAGCUGUUGCUAGCGGUUUUACACGCGUGGUGUUGUUUUCUCUUUAAUUUAAAAUUUUAACCGACUUCAAAAACGGAAAAGGUUCUCUAUUUAG